AGAAUUUAAAGUCCUACCUUUUCCUUUGCUCUUCUCCUCUCGCCUUCCCGCAUAUUUUAUAAACCCCUCUUCCUUCCAAAUGUUCUCCCAAUCCCAAUCCCAUUUCCUUUCUACAACUCCCUCCAAAUCCCACCCUUUCUCUCGUGCCUCUUUCUUUACCAGAACAAGUCCCUUCCUCUCAUUUCCUUCCUUCAAAAGCCCCCUGAUUUCUCUCCAAACAAAACCCAUGACUUCCAUCUCCCAACUUUCUAACCAUGCCGACUAUUUAUCGUUAAACGACACCCAACUCGACCGUUUUGUCGACGUCGGCAACAAGCUCGCUGAUGCCGCCGGCGAUGUCAUUCGCAACUAUUUUCGAAAGAAAUUCGAGAUUCUUGAUAAGGAAGAUUUGAGUCCGGUAACAAUUGCUGACCAAGCAGCUGAGGAAUCUAUGGUUUCGAUUAUAUUGGAGAAUUUUCCCUCUCAUGCAAUUUUUGGAGAGGAAAAAGGCUGGAGAUGUAAAGAGAAAUCUACAGAUUAUGUUUGGGUUUUAGACCCAAUUGAUGGCACAAAAAGUUUCAUAACUGGAAAGCCUGUGUUCGGUACUCUUAUUGCUUUACUGAAGGAAGGUAAACCAAUUCUUGGUAUAAUUGAUCAGCCUGUACUUAGAGAAAGAUGGAUUGGCAUAAGUGGAAGGAAAAGUACAUUGAAUGGACAAGAAGUGGCUACACGAACUUGUAUGGAACUGUCACGAGCAUAUUUGUACACAACAAGUCCACAUCUGUUCAAUGGAGAUGCUGAAGAGGCAUUUGCCCGAGUUAGAGAUAAGGUCAAAGUUCCAUUAUAUGGCUGUGACUGCUACGCUUAUGCCCUCUUGGCUUCUGGUUAUGUGGAUCUUGUCAUUGAGUCUGGUCUUCGGCCAUACGAUUUCCUUGCACUUAUACCUGUUAUAGAGGGUGCUGGGGGUGUUAUAACUGACUGGAAUGGGCAUCAGCUUGACUGGAAAGCUUCUUCAGAUUCACGCCCAACAAGCUUUAAUGUAGUGGCAGCCGGAGACAAACAGAUUCACCAACAAGCUUUAGAUGUCCUGCAAUGGCGUUGAAGAUAUUUUAUGCGUUUAACUCUUAACUUCCAUACAGAUGGAAAGCAGCGACAGAAUCCGACCUUUUUUCUGGGAAUAACUUGACUCCCCAAUUAUUGCUGCUCUCAGUCUCAUUAUUACUAGUACGUUGUUAGAAAAACAAGCUUAUUCUUCAUGCAUUUUAUGACUAAAUGUCAGUGUCGACAAUGAGAAG